GCGGGUUGCAGGAGUGGCCGCCGGCUGCGCAGCGCCAGCUGCCUGCACAGAGAGGACGAUGAGCCUGACCCCGACGUCCCGCUCCCCACGGCCCAGCCGAGCCGCACCCCCCGCCAGCCCUCCAACCGUGUCUCCAGUCUUGGAGCUGAACGUGGGGGGCGAGUUCUACACCACUACCGUGGGCACCCUAAGAAAACUCCCAGGCUCAAAGCUGGCAGAUAUGUUCUCUAGCUCAGCCAAGGCCUGCACUGAUGCGGAGGGCCGCUUCUUCAUCGACCGCCCUGGCACCUAUUUCGGAGCCAUCCUGGACUACCUGCGCAGCGGGCAGCUGCCCAAGCAGCACAUUCCGGAGGUGUACCGUGAGGCUCAGUUCUACGAAAUCAAGCCUUUAGUCAAACUCCUAGAGGACAUGCCGCAGAUCUUUGGUGAGCAGGUGGCUCGGAAGCAGUUUUUGCUGCGGGUGCCAGGUUACAGUGAGAACCUGGAGCUCAUGGUGCGCCUGGCGCGCGCAGAGGCCGUGGCGGCGCGCUGUUCCAACGUGCUGGUGUGCGCGGUGCGCACAGAGGAGGAUGCCGCGCACUGCGCAGAAUCAUUGCGUGUCCUGGAGGCGGACAAGAGAUUGGUCGUCAAGUUCGGACCUUGGAAGGCAGCUCCGGCCAUCAGGGACCUUCUGGACUCAGUGCGCAUGGACAUUGAGGCGCAGGGGUACCAGGUGGCAUAUGAGCGCUGCUCCAAGAAGACAUUCCAGCCUAAGUCUGGGGCCUACGAAUACUUCUAUACGUUCCAAUUCACCUGGUGGUGAUUCUCAGGGUCAGGGGUUGUUAUGGGUUCUGGUGGGACUUAUGAAAGUAAAAGUUGCCUUCAAAAGUCAUGUUACUUUAACUUCAAAAAUAAACAUGAAACAACUUCCAGGGUGAUCUGUA